AUGCGCGGACUCUCUUAUGCUGUCUUGGCCCUCGCUGCCAUAGAUGCUGCUGCAGCUGCUAGCCUUCCUUUCCUACGAAGCUUGCAGCAUGUAGGCAAAAGAGACCCGGCUGCUCGCAACCUUCCAAACUACGACUUCUCUGGAGUUCCUCCAGUUGGCACCGUGCAGAAGCGCCAGGCCUCUCACCUGAACCACAAGACAAAGAAGUAUGCUGUCGAUGGAACCAAGAUUCCAGAGGUUCAGUUCGACAUUGGUGAAUCAUAUGCCGGUCUCAUGCCGAUUUCGACCAAGCGCGAUGAAUCCCGCGAACUUUACUUUUGGUACUUCCCAUCUGAGAACCCGGCCGCGAAGGAUGAGAUCACCAUCUGGCUCAAUGGAGGCCCGGGCUGCAGUUCCCUGGAAGGUCUCCUCCAAGAGAACGGUCCAUUCCUCUGGCAAUACGGAACUCUUUACCCAGUUCCUAACCCAUGGUCAUGGACCAAGCUGACCAACAUGGUCUGGGUUGAACAGCCUGUUGGAACUGGUUUCUCUCAAGGAAAGCCAUCCGUACGAUCUCAAGAAGAUGUUGCUACACAAUUCUUGGGAUUCUUCAGAAACUUUGUAGAUACUUUUGACCUGCACGGCAAGAAGAUCUACAUUGUUGGUGAAAGUUAUGCCGGACUUUAUGUCCCAUACAUUGCUCACGCCAUGUUCGAGAAGAAGAACAAGCGAUACUUCAACGUCGAGAGCACCAUGAUCUUCGAUCCAUCCAUCAACAAAGAUGAAAUUCUUACUCAGGUUCCCGCCGUUCCGUUCGUUGAUCACUGGCAGGGUCUCUUCCCUUUCAACGAAACUUUCAGCAAACACAUCCACGAAACAGCCGAUAAGUGCGGCUACACUAAUUACAUGAAGGAGCAUCUCGUCUAUCCUCCGAAGGGUAAACUCCCUGCCCUUCCGAAGGCCACCCCCGAGUGCGACCUCUGGACCGCCAUCUUUGACGCCGUCUCUCUCGUCAACCCAUGCUUCGACGUGUAUCAGGUUGCCACCACCUGUCCACUACUGUAUGAUGUUCUCGGAUACCCAGGAAGUUUCGAAUAUCUGCCUGCUGGAGCAAAUGUCUACUUCAACCGCACCGACGUGCAAAAGGCCAUCAACGCUCCCAUCCAGAAAUGGACCGAGUGCUCUGAACACCCCGUCUUCGUCGAUGGAAAGGAUAACUCUGAACCAUCAUCCUUCACCAUCAUCCCCGAUGUCAUUGAGAAGUCUCCUCGUACUAUCAUUGCGCACGGAGAUCUUGACUACGUUCUUAUCAGCAAUGGCACACUACUUAGCAUCCAGAACAUGACCUGGGGUGGUGCACAGGGUUUCUCCGAGGAACCCUCUAAGCCUCUUUUCGUGCCAUACCACGAACGCGGUAGCCUAAGCACCCUCUCUGGAGCCGGUGUUUUGGGCCGCCACCACACAGAGCGAAAGCUCACCUAUGUUGAGCUCUACCUGACUGGCCACAUGGGGCCUCAGUACAACCCUUCAGCCUCAUACAGAAUAUUGGAAUAUUUGUUGGGCAGAAUUGACGACCUGUCCAAGUAA